AUGCCUAUUUUAAAUAAUGUACUAAAUACUAAGGAAUUAAUUAAGUUGAACACAUCUAAUUUUUUACAUAAAUUUAUACUUCGCGAACUUCAUAUACAGUGCCCCCCUUCUACUUUAUGUGACAAGUACUGUGUAAAAAAAACAUACGAUAAUGGAUUAAUUAAGAAAACGAAUAGAAUAAGGUUACUGUUCUUUUAUAAGAAUGGAAAAUUUUUCCAUGAUGUAAAAAAGAGGAAGCUAACAAGGUUCAAAUCAAAAAAAAAGAGAAACAAAUUUGUAACAAAUUCCGGAAAGAAAUUCCUUCUACAGGGGGUUCAUAUUGAUAUGUUAAAUGAGGAAUUAAAAAGUGUAGAGAAAAAAAUUAAUGAAAAAAAUAUAAUUGAAAAUAAAGACAAAAAAGUUACUUCAGCAGAUUUUAAGUAUCCAAGUCAAAGGCUUUAUAAAGCAAAUGAGGAAGAAAUAAAUUUAAUAAGGAAAAGUGAAGGUCAAUAUUACUUACCAUUAGAAUGUGAAAAUAGUACUAUUAUAAGACUAAUUGAUAUAAAGAAUAAAGUGUCUUCACCAAUUUUUCGAUGCGUCCGUAAUAGUAAAUUUGGACUAAGAAAAAAUGAAAGAACUUUUUUUUUUUAUUAUUCUUCUUUUAUUUGUUCUUUUUUUUUUUCAAUGGGAAUAUGGCAAUAUAAGAAAAUGGAAAAAAAGAAAUUUUUAAUUGAUUACAUUUUACACAAUUUAAAUAAACCAAUUAUAGUUAUUAAUGAUUUUGACUUUCCAUGGUUUGAUGACUUUUUAAUUUUAAAAAAGAAUUACAAAAUAUUGAAUGAGAAUUUAGCACAAUAUGAUGAAAAAGAAAGUAAACUUUUAAGUAGCAUUAAUUUAUUAGAAAUAGUUCUUAGAGUACUAACCUUUUAUGAGAAGGUAAGAGUUUUCCAUGGAAGGAUAAUUAGAAAAAAAAAAGAUUUAUGCUGUAAUGAUAACAGUAACAAUAAACCAAAUGGUGGGGAUAAAAUAUGUGUUAAUGAAGCAGAUGAAAAAAAAGGUGAAGAAGGAGAAGAUGCAGAGUUAUAUAAUAAAAAAAAAAAUGUAGAAAAUGGGAAUAAAUUAACCGUUGAUUUAGAAAAUAUUUCAAGUGUUUAUGAGUGGAUAAAUCGAAUAAGAAAUGAAAACGCAUUAUUGAAGUUAUAUAGGAAAAUGAGUAAAAAGGAUUUAACAGAAGAUGAACUUAAAAAACUUGUCCUUGAAAAAUAUAAAUACAGGAAAGUUCAGUUAACAGGAGUACUCGAUACAACUAAAGAAUUUUAUAUAGGACCCAAAAUACAUGAAUUUAAUAAAAAGAAAAAGUAUUAUUAUGUAAUUUGUCCAUUAUUUUUAAAAAGUGGAAAAUGUAUAUUAGUAAAUAGAGGAUUAAUAUCUGAAGAAAUAUUAGAAGAAAAAAAGAAUGAAAUACCAAAAAUAGUUACAUUAAGAGGAAUAUUAGAUCCAGGUGAGUUAUAUGAAUGCCCUUUCAAAAAGAUAAAAAAUUUUUCAAAUAAAAGUGUUUAUAGUAACUAUUUUUUUUAUUAUGACACUGAAGAAAUUUGUCAGUAUGCGAAUAUUUCCGAUUUGGAAGGUUCCUCAUUUUUUAUUGCAAAUAUAUAUGACAUAAUAUUUCAUGAAGACUAUAAUAAUGAUAUAAGAACGGAUUAUUACUCGAAUUACAAUAAGGGUAAUACAAAGGAAUUAGAUUCUAAUUUAAAAAAGUUAAAUGAUAUUACCAUAAAUGAUAUGGAUAGAGAAAGUCAAGAAAGGAUUAAGCGGUUGUUGAAAAAUAGUGAUAGUGCAAAAAAGGCUGAAAAUGGCACUUUUCAAAAUAUUAAACCCUUUCGAUAUGAUGAACAUUUUAUACAUAAAAAGAAAAAAGAAUAUUUUAAAUUUUAUGCUGAUGAAACAACGCAUUUUAAUUAUGCAUGUCAGUGGUUUCUUUUUGCGUUUGUCUUUUCAACAAUAUCUGUAUUUAAAUUCAUACAGUUGAAAAAAUGGAUUUUUUGA